UCCAAUUCAAUCAUCAUGAACUUCUCUCAUCGACCAAUCCUACUCAGCAUUUUAGUCACCCUUCUCGAGUCUCAUAUAUGCUCAAGCUUCCUUCAUACAUCGCCUCUAUUGGCUUGGUCAACUGCACCUGGCGCUCUUCUGACUAACUUGAUAUCUACCGAUUUCGCUGAAGAAUAUCGACCAAUUGAGCAGGAGCUAACAUUUGGAGUGACCUCUAACUCCUUCUGUCCAUCUGGUUCAUCAUCACUCCUCAUCCUCACUCUGUCAUCGAUCGAUCAACAAAAAGCUCUCAUCAAUGGGAAUUUGUCUCCUCGAAUCACACAAGCCUAUAACUCUGCAUCUCCUGCAAGUCGAAUCCGAUUAGCUCAUAAUCCUCAGAAUACAGAGCUCGAUGAAACUGUACUACCAAAUCUAGUAUCGCAUUGGAAGAGUGACUGUGGUGGAAAAGUGAUUCUCAGAGAAAUAAAAGCUCAAGAAGAUAUCGACACAAUAUUCUCACGUGAGAUUGCCAAUAUGCCCGGACCAUACAUGGUGGUCUGUACCACCACGACGAUUCAAAGUCUCACCUCGCUCGAUCGACGCGCUCUUAGGAAGAUAUCUCUCGCAGCCGAUCCUCAAAAGAACUCAACCAUGCCAGAUCCACAUAGUGGAUUACUAUGGCGCUACAGUUUCUUUUCCGAUUACCUGAUCAUCGGUAUCCUUGUGGUGGUCUUCUUACUCAUCCCACCUGUUCUUCUCGGAUCUCAUGCACUUCGAUCAAUUGAAUCACCUAGAGGUUUGAAGACUAAGAUGGUAGGAGCGAUCACUGAAUCCAAGGGAAAUUAACUUUGAACCUAUUAGAUUUUGGUUUGUUCCUUUUAAAUUCAUGAAUCUAUUCUGAUGUAAUGCAAAUCUUGUCAUUUUCUUAUGAGUCUUUCUUCAAUUGAUUUUGAAAUUUGUUAUAUUAAACUGAUGCAAGACUCACAAAUAUUUAUUUGAGAUUGAGAUUUUUUAUGCUAAAGUGAAAUGUACUCCUUCCAAUACUUACCGACCUGUUUUACUAGAGCUAGACAUCAAGCACUUGACAAUAUUUCUGAAAGAAUCAGUAUGCAAU